CAGACUACCGCAAUCCUCCACUCAAGAGAUGCAGGAUACACCAAUACCACCUGCGAAACUGCAACAACAGACCACUGCACAAUCAUUAACAACACCAUUGCAAAAUAAUAUCAAUAAAAAAUUGAACGGAUUUCUCAAUUUAAAAACUCCCUUGAUUGGAACGGCAGCACAGGCUCAAAAUAAGACUGUAAUCGGCUCAAAUUCGAGUGGUGGCACUGAAAGUGGCGGUGUUAAGGAUGGCACAAAUAAGAGUAUUUCUAUGACCGACAUGUAUAUCGACAAUUCAGAACCCAGUGAGAAUGUUGGUCAAAUACACUUUUCUUUGGAAUACGACUUCCAGAAUACAACACUCAUCCUAAAAGUCUUGCAAGGAAAAGAGCUACCAGCUAAAGACUUAAGCGGCACUUCGGAUCCAUACGUACGUGUUACAUUGCUUCCCGAUAAGAAACAUCGCUUGGAGACAAAAAUCAAGAGACGCACAUUGAAUCCACGUUGGAACGAAACAUUUUAUUUUGAAGGAUUCCCCAUACAAAAACUACAAUCUAGGGUAUUGCAUUUGCAUGUAUUCGACUAUGAUCGGUUUUCGCGUGACGACUCCAUUGGUGAAGUGUUCCUACCACUGUGUCAGGUUGAUUUCGCUAGCAAGCAAUCAUUUUGGAAAGCACUGAAACCACCGGCUAAGGAUAAAUGCGGUGAAUUGCUUUCAUCGCUCUGCUAUCAUCCAUCAAAUUCAGUACUAACAUUAACAUUGAUUAAAGCGCGAAAUCUGAAAGCAAAAGAUAUCAAUGGCAAAUCAGAUCCAUAUGUUAAAGUCUGGCUACAAUUCGGCGAUAAGCGUGUCGAAAAACGAAAGACUCCAAUAUUUAAUUGCACACUCAAUCCUGUCUUUAAUGAGUCAUUUAGUUUCAAUGUACCGUGGGAGAAGAUACGGGAAUGCUCCUUAGAUGUAAUGGUAAUGGAUUUUGAUAAUAUUGGACGAAAUGAGUUAAUUGGAAGAAUUUUAUUGGCUGUUUCUGUGCAACCCUUGCAAAGACCAUUAAUUCGCAGUUGAUCGGUGAAGAAAAACAUUGUUUGUAAACAAAAUUUUCGCACAAGUUGGAAAAUAUUCCGGGAAAAAGUUUUAGCGAAAAAUUAACUGACGCUUUAAUUAAUGAAGCUGCUGAAGAAAUUAUGGACAUUGAAGAAAUCGAAAGUGAUGAUGACGCAGUGGAGGUACUUUUAGAUGAAUUGGCUAACAAUAUAUCUGUUGUUAUAUAUAAUUAAAUAUAUACAUUUUAUUAAAUAUAUAUAAUUUCGUCGAGGAAUUUACAGUACAAUACCUAAGUCAGACAUUUGGCGCAAUAAUAUUUUGACGACACUAGACGAAAACCGAUUCCGCGAAACGUUAAAAGUAGAUAGUGACCAAAAUAAUAUAAUAUAUGCGUCAACCACUACGGAAGAUUCUAUUGAAUCUGAUGACCAUAUCUCAAAUGUAUUUUAAUUCAUUCUCAGUUUUUAAAUUUCAUAGAUUUUUACAUAAAAUUAUUCUAAACAUAAUAAUUGGUUAUUUUAAUUUAAGUAUUAAGUUUAAGCUAAACAUGAAAAAGAUUACGCUUUGAGUGAUAGAAGACAGCAAGCAGAAAUUAAAAUAGAGUAAUUGGAAUUAAAAAUUUUAAAAUACAAAGAUAAAUAAAGUACAAAGAUAAAUUAAUUACUGUUGAGAGGUAUACUUAUAUUUCAUCUCAAUUUCGAACUUUUAUAGGCAUGCCUCCUUUUCUAUUUGAAGUUUUUUGAAUCUUUUGUCUUUUUCCAAUUGUUUAAACCACUCAAUUUUGGGGUAUUCAAAAUCAGCUUACACCCGCGAUUAAUAAAAAUACUAGAGUAAUUUGGUGCACAAUUACUUUAAUUUUUUGUAUAUUUAAAGCACAAUAAAAUUCCAAAUAUGUACAUAUUGAUAUGUUUAAUUAAACGCAGCGACAAAUGUUGUUGGGUUGAAAUAAGAUGCUGCUCGCUGGAAUUGGGUUGACCCGAAGUUGGUUUUAGCUCGGGGGAACUUUGUUGCGGCGCAGUGCAGAACGGACACAGUGUAGAAUCGAAUACCUAGUGAUGAUCGAAUUGUGAGUCGGUAG